AUGUAUUUGCAGCACUUCGCAAAGUGGCAUCAGCGCUUGCUGAAUGCCAAGCUUCCAUUCGGCUCAGGUGUCUGGGAUCCGGUGUUCUUUGCCCAGUCCCAACGCAUGACGCCCGCCGAGCUCCACCGUACGGUGGGUGCGGCGGUCCAGGCGAUCUCGGGAGAGUGGCACUUGAUUGCCAAGGCGGUACGUUUGCUGCAUGUGGGCCAAUGUGACUUUGCACGCUUCACAAGGAACAACCUCGAGGAGUCAAAGCAGAAUGCCCCGGAGGACUUGGAUGAAGCUGCAUGCGCCUGGCAACGAGCACUUGGAGGGGCACGUCAUGGACAAGGUGGCGCUUGUAACUCCAGCGUUAUGUCGGCAAGAGCUAAGAGAGCAGUGUGUGAAUCUGAGAUUCUGCUACAGCCCUUUGGAGAGGAGUUGCAACUUUUUACCCAGCCACCCUGCAGCCUGAGAUUCUACUCCAACCUCUUACAACUGCAUGCCACAAAUUGUACAGGUGUACCUCCAAGAGCAGUUUUUGCGGUCUGCCUGGGCUCUCAAACCUGCGCCAGUGUGGAGGCACAGCCGCAGUGGUCAGAGCUGCAAGAGAAGCUCUUGCCAUUGCUGGAGUGUAGCAUUUUCCAACUCUUGCAAGCGGCUCGAGGGCAUCAACCUCUCUGCGUCGCUGAUUUUCCGGCAAGAAACCUUAGGAGCGAUCCAUCUCCAGCUGGUUUGCCAUGGAAGCAGCUUGGGACGGAAGCCUUCAGGCAGGGUGACUUUUGGCUUGCUGCAAACUACUACUCUAAGUGGCUGGAGGAUUUGGUGGAACCUUCGGAGAAAGCCAUAGCCCAUUCGAAUCGAGCUGCUUGCUUUGCCAAGGUCAAAGACUUCGAGGGCUCAAUGGCGGAUGCACAAGCAGCCAAGGAGCUCCGACCAACAUGGGCACGCGUGUGGAGUCGCUUGGGCAUAGCAGCUGAGGGGCUGCAGGACCUCAAGGAGGCAAUCCAAGCCUAUCGACAUGCCGUGGAGCUAGACCCUUCGCCCGAACACCUGGAAGCCUUGGGUGCUGUAGCUGUUCAUUUCGACGGCGAAGCUGAUGUGCUCCGCCAAGUCGAGAAAACCAAUGGAGAUGCUGCCUUUGCAGCAACUCCUCCAAAUUUCGGCCUGGCGACGGCCUUUUACACCGUGGCAAUUGCUUUACAUCCAGCUGCAGUGCCAAUGAAAGAGCUUGAGGCCUUGGCCAGCAAAGAGAAGAACCUGCUCGAGUCCGAGAAUCGUAUCAAUGCAGAAGAAAAGUUCCGCGAAGCGGUGGAGGAACUCCGACAGGCAACAGCAUCCAAAGACGUCUCGGAGGUGGCGGCCUUGUAUGGAAACCGAGCUGCAGCGCUUUGUCACCUGAGACGAUGGAGCCCUGCUGUUCAAGACGCUCGAAUGGCAGUGCGACUGCAGCGCGAUUCAGCCAAGGCACGAUGCCGUCUAGGUGUGGCACUUCUUGGAGCUGGUCUGCCGGAGGAAGCUUAUGUGGAAUUUGCUUGGGCAUUGGCCAUUGACUCGCACUACUCCUCGGCUCGCAGUGGAUUGGAGGCCUGCCUUACCUCCAUUCCAAAGUGGAGAUCAAGGAUGGCUCAACGAUCUGAGCGGCUAUUGCAAGAUCGUGGCCGCCCUCGUGCAUUUGCCAAGGUUUGGCUGAUCUCUGAUUUGUACUAUGAUCACAAAGCCAACGCUGAGUGGUGCCAAGAUCUGGAUGAUUCGCAGUUCCAGGACGAUGUCCUCAUCGUGGCGGGGAACGUAGCUGACACACUGAGAAGCGUGAUGCGCGGCUUGAAGGCCCUGAAAGAGAAGUUCCGGCGUGUCUUCUAUGUCCCGGGAAACCGAGACCUGGCCCUGAAUGCCAGCGAGGUCAGAACAGCUCGAUUUCCCGAUUCCAUCGCGAAGUUCCUGGCUUUGUUGUCAGCAUGUGAAGAAAUUGGAGUGGAAGUCUUUCCUGGAGCCGUUGGACAGGACGUCUAUGUGGUUCCGUUGUUUUCCUGGUACAGUGCGGAAUUUGACAAGAGAAGUCGUCCAGAUCCAAAUGUCGGGUUUGAUGCUCAAUGUGUUUGGCCACUAGAUCACCAUCAGCUCUGGAAGUGGAUGUUGAAGCUGAAUGAGGCUCAUCUUCGAUUGCCUUAUCGUGGCACGGUCUUGACCACCUCGCACUUUGUGCCUUUGACCACCCUACCCUACGACAGCACCGGCAAGCAAGCCCAGGCUAUGGGCUGUGAGGAGAUUGAGGACCAGGUUCGAAUUUUGAGGAGCAGUGCUCAUGCCUAUGGUCACAGCAGCAUGCGGAGCCUCCAGGUGCAUGGUGGAACCGCUUUUGCAAACCACGCCCUGGGUAUUGCCAGCGAUGAGAAUGAGGUGCCAGAGCGUCCACUACUUCUUUUUGAUGGAGCAAAUGGUGUGGUGAAAGGGAACGGAUCAUGA